AUGGCUUUUGAACCUGGUAAUGUUGUUUACGCAAAACUUAAAGGUUUCCCCUGGUGGCCUGCUAGAGUCGAGAAUGAAGAGGAGGUACCAGAAGAUGUCCUUGAAAAGAAACCUAGAGGCCAAAAUAUUAGUGUAAGAUUUUUUGGAACUAGAAAUUAUGGUUGGGUUGGCAACAAAGAUGUUAAAGCAUUUGAUAAAAAAGAAGCAGAUGAUAAAUUGCAGGAUUUAAAAGACACAAAACGAGAUCAACUAUUGGCUGAUUCAAUUCGUGAAGCCUUUGAUCCUUCAUCAUUGGAUGACGAAGAGGAAGAUGAAGUUCCAAGAAAGAAAUCUAAAAACAUCACUAAUAGUCGAAAACCCAAAGGAAAAGGCACUUCUUCUACUCCUGCCAAAUCUUCUAAAGCAAAAGUUAAUAACAAUAAGAAAGUAACUCCAACUAAAUCGAAUAAAACUGCAUCAAAAGUAAAGGAUAAUGGAGGAAAGAAGAAGAAUGUUGCUAAUGGUAGUAAAUCAAGCACUGCUAUCAAAAAAGGUAACGAAGAAACUCAAGAAACUGGUACUCGUAGUCGAGCUAAACGUGGUAAUAAAGUAACUGCAGGUGAAAACAAAGAUGGUAAGGUUAAUGGCACCGAUAAGAAGACAAAUAAGCGAUCACGAGCUGAUAUAACUGAAGAUACUGCAGAAGAUGCUACUGGUAAUGAUGACAGUGACGGUGACGAAGAAACUGUUGAUAAAAAGAUAAUAAACAAGGAGGUCAAGACCACAAACAAAAGGAAAAGGGGAGACAAGAAGUCAACAGAAUCAAUAAUCAUAGCUAACGGAGAACAAUCCGUUAAUGAUAAUGAUACUGAUAAAAAUGGCGAAGGUAAUGAUUCUGGCGAAGAGAAGGAAGAAGUCGAGGAAAACGGAGUAGAAAAAGAUGUCACAGCAGAAGAAUGUUUAAAUUCUUUACAAACUAAUGCAGGUAUUCUUGAAGCUAUCCGUAAAUCAGGUGGUGCCUUGAAUUCAAAAAGUUUACCUGAAAUGAGAAAUUAUUGUCUUAAAAUAGGUUAUGAGUCAAGUGAAUUUGAUAAAUUAAAUAUUAUUCAUGUUACUGGCACCAAAGGUAAAGGUUCUACUUGUGCAUUUGUAGAAUCAAUCUUGAGAAAUUUCAAUACAUCAUCAGGAAGGAUUCGUACAGGGCUUUAUAGUUCACCACAUCUUAUAGCUGUAAGAGAACGUAUUCGUCUAGACGGAAAGAUAUUAAGCGAGGGACAAUUUACUAAAUAUUUUUUCGAACCAGAUGAACAAAAAAAUACUAUGCCGACAUAUUUUAGAUUUCUUACAUUAAUGGCAUUUCAUGUUUUCAUGAGAGAAAAGGUUGAUGUUGCAAUUAUGGAAGUUGGCGUUGGUGGAGAGUAUGAUUCAACCAAUAUAAUCGAAAAACCAAUUGUUUGUGGAGUAACGUCUUUAGGACUUGAUCAUCAAAUAACUUUAGGAGAUACAAUUGAUAAAAUUGCAUGGCAUAAAGGUGGAAUUUUCAAGAGUAAUGUUCCAGCUUUAACGGUUGAACAGCCGGAGGCAGCUUUAAAUAUUUUGAAAAAACGAGCACAAGAUAUUAAUGCACCAUUUGUAAGAAUAAAUUCAUUCAACGAAGAAAUAUUAGGUGAUAUUAAACUGGGAUUAGCAGGAAAACAUCAAUAUUCAAAUGCGGCAUUGGCAGUUGAAUUGAGUAAGGAAUUUAUUAAAGGGUUAAAUCAAGUUAAUUGGCCUGGAAGAUCACAAACAAUAAAACUUGAUAAAUAUCCUGGUGUAACUUGGUUUUUUGAUGGAGCUCAUACAUUAGAAAGUUUACAAGCAUGCAUGGAUUGGUUUAAGGAUAAUAUGAAUUCAUAUCCAUCGUCAUCAUCAGUUGAAAAAAUAUUAAUAUUUAAUUGUACUAAUAAUCGUAAUGGAAAAGAACUUUUAAAAAAAAUUAUAACAUCAACUUGUAAUGAUAAUGAUGAUAUUGGAUUCAAUCAUGCAUUAUUUUGUAGAAAUGUUACUUAUUCAUCAAAUAAUUAUAAGAUAGAUCUAGUAAAUAACACAGUUGAUUUAGAUGAAGACCUUAAGCUUCAAAAAUCAUUUCAAGAAUCAUGGAUUGAUUUAAAGAAAAUAUAUCUUAAUAUUGAUAAUGAUAAAAAUGACGAUGGAACACAAGUUUUCUCAUCCAUACAAGAUACAAUCGAGUGGAUAAUUGACUAUAAACAAAAUAAUAAUAAAGAAAUUAUUGUAAUGGCUACGGGUAGUUUACAUCUUAUAGGUGGAAUAAUGGCAGUUUUAGGCAUUGAUGUUCAAUAA